AUGGAUAUAUCAGACAUUAGCGCUAUGCUUGAUAAAGCUGAAAAUGCAUCGUCUCCGUCUAACGCCGAUAUUUUGGCUGCCUUAGAGCGCGUGGUUGGUCGAAUGCACAGCCUCGAGGCAACCGUCAACGAGCUGCUGAAGCGGUCGGAAUCGCGCUCGUACUGCAUUUUCUGCCCAGUGGCAGACAACCACGACGGUCACAACACGUCGCGGUGCAACCGCUUUCCUGGUGCAGUUGCGAAAACUAUGCAGGUGGCGGAGCUUUGUGAUCCUUGCCUCAAACCUGCACACGAAGGAGAUGUGAUCCUUGCCUCAAACCUGCACACGAAGGAGACGAUUGUGGCGUGCAGUCCGCGGCGUGUGGGAGACCACACAAUGUGCUGCUGUGCACCAACUGAGGACAAGGGGGCGGGUUCAAAAGACGACGGCCGUGAGGACAAUGGGCAGCGGGCUGAUACCUUGAAGAAAAAGAAAACAAAUGCUUUUUAUGAAUAA